AUGUCUUUCGUCCAGCGCCGCAUGUUCUCCGCCUCGGCGAGAAGCCUCUCCAAGGUCACCGUUCUCGGUGCCGCCGGUGGUAUUGGCCAGCCCCUCUCCCUGCUCAUGAAGCUCAACCCCAGAGUCACUGAGCUCGCCCUCUACGAUAUCCGCGGAGGCCCUGGUGUCGCCGCCGACAUCUCCCACGUCAACACAAAGUCCGUCGUCAAGGGCUACGACCCCACCGCCACCGGCCUCGCCAGCGCCCUCAAGGGCGCCGAGGUCGUCCUCAUCCCCGCCGGCGUCCCCCGCAAGCCCGGCAUGACCCGCGACGACCUCUUCAACACAAACGCCUCCAUCGUCCGCGACCUCGCCAAGGCCUGCGCCGAGUCCUGCCCCGACGCAAACAUCCUCGUCAUCUCCAACCCCGUCAACUCCACCGUCCCCAUCGUCUCCGAGGUCUUCAAGGCCCACGGCGUCUACAACCCCAAGCGCCUCUUCGGCGUCACCACCCUCGACGUCGUCCGCGCCUCCCGCUUCGUCUCCGAGAUCAAGUCCACCGACCCCAAGGACGAGAACAUCACCGUCGUCGGCGGCCACUCGGGCGUCACCAUCGUCCCCCUCUUCUCCCAGUCCAACCACCCCGACCUCUCCUCCAACGCCGAGCUCGUCAACCGCGUCCAGUUCGGCGGUGACGAGGUCGUCAAGGCCAAGGACGGCGCCGGCUCCGCCACCCUCUCCAUGGCUUUCGCCGGUGCCCGCAUGGCCGAGUCCCUCCUCCGCGCCUCCCACGGCGAGAAGGGCAUCGUCGAGCCCACCUUUGUCGACUCCCCCCUCUACAAGGACCAGGGCAUCGACUUCUUCUCCUCAAAGGUCGAGCUCGGCCCCAACGGUGUCGAGAAGAUCCUUCCCCUCGGCAAGGUUGACGCCGCCGAGGAGAAGCUCCUCGAGGCCUGCUUCGCCGACCUCAAGAAGAACAUUGCCAAGGGUGUUGCCUUUGUCGCCUCCAACCCCCCCAAAUAA